AUGUCCGACGCAGACGCAGACUACCGCCACUACAGCAGGCCCUACUACGCCUACCUCAUCCAGACGGACAAGGGCAACGGCGCCGGCGACUGGCACCGUUGGCUCGUGGCCGCCGCCUCGCGCGACGACAUGAAGACCUUCUUCCGCGGCCUGCAAAAGUACACCAAGAUCCGCGACUCCAAGAUCACCGAGGUCCUCCCCGUCAGCCUGGCCUGGUGGACGUUCAAGUCCCCGGAUGGCUUCUCCGUACGGGAGCUGCUGAAGCGCAUCUACCGCCUCGACCCGGCUUGGUACGGCAACAUUGACGAGCUGAACAAGAGCCUCGGCAAGAUUACCGUCACGCUCUUGCCCGACGCCGGCGGGAGAGACUGGCCGAUGCUUCCGGCCCAGGACGUCUCGACUCAGGACCUUUGA